CAGAAUAAGUAUGAACUGAAGAAAAAAAAAAGGCAUUUAUGGGAACUGGGAGGGAGGUGUGGCCUUGUAGUCUGUUGUAUAAAAGCACUGCUUCUGUUGUGCAGUUUGCGCUGGGGUACAAGGUUCAACCGACAUGCAGGUCACAAUGAAGAGUCCGCUUGGCUAUUGUACGCUCAUACUCACACUUCUGUUGAGCUGCUCAGUCCAGGUUAAGUGGGUGGUGCCUAUCUCCAGCAGUCUAUGGGCGAGAGGCAGGGUACACCCUGGAAAGGAGAAAGUUGUUUCAUCUCAAGGUACAGACUGCACACAGAUUAAGACUCAGUCUCCAAACGCCCCCAGCGGAGUUUAUGUAAUCCAGCCUGCAAGAGUCAAGUAUCACUUCAAGGUGUACUGUGAGAUGAACUCAGAUGGAGGUUGGACAGUGUUUCAGAGGCGCAGUGGAGGCUCUGUACCCUUCAAAAGAAAAUGGGCAAAAUAUAAGAAUGGAUUUGGAAACAUUACACAGGAUCACUGGCUGGGUCUGAAGAAGGUUUUUGCAGUGACAAAGAGCAAAUCCAAGAAGUGGAUCUUGAGGGUGGACCUGUGGGACCACGAAGGUGGCACCGCUUUUGCUGAGUACAAGGACUUCAGACUGGGAAAUGAGAAAACAGCUUUUAAACUCCAUGUUGGGAAAUACAGUGGAAACGCAGGUGAUGCAAUCCGUGGGGCCUAUCGGGGCAUUGACCAAAACGGCUUUGGCUUCAGCACCAUCGACCGUGACAAUGACGGCUGCUCUCCAUGCAUCUUUGGUGACAUUGCUACCAAUGAAUGUGUCCUUGAUGCAGGAGGUGGUUGGUGGUACAGCAAGUGUGGCUCUGCCGGUCUAAACGGUGACUGGCACCCUUCGGGAGAACACAUUGGCUGGGCUUCUGGUCUCCACUGGCUCACCUGGAAACCGCCCGCUCCUUAUUCAGCCAAAGCCACAAGAAUGAUGAUAAAGUCUAUGUAAAGGAGAAACUAGGAACCAUAUAUAAUUCAAACCAGAUAUUUACAUACACUGCAUAAAAAGACACAACUUUUUCUGUUUUUAGGUCCAUUGGGAUUACAAAAAGUUAUUUUCAUUUGCUAAAUGACAGAAUAACAAGACAGAAUUAUUUAGAGAUUUUGUAAUAUCUGUUUCAAAUCAGAUGUUUACAAAUAUUUCUUCAUUUGGUACAAUGGUCCUUUAAAGUAUUUUUUAACCUUGAACAAUAAGAAAAUUCUCUCAUUAUUCUGUCAUUUAGCAAACAGAAAUUAUUUUGGUAGUCCUAACUGACCAACAGGCAAUGCUUAGUCUUUAAUCUCAGACAACAAGAACAUUUUUUAUCUUGUGUCUUUUUACACAGUGGAUUGACAUCUUGUUCACUUCUGGCCUUUAAGAUAAUGUGUAUUUUUAAAAUAUGCUUUGAUAUACUUGGAAAAAAGUACAAGUCCUUUUUUUGUUGAGUGUGUCUCCAUUUGCAAUGAACAUCCCUAUUCUACUUUAGCCUGUCAUUGGUUAUCAUAUACAUUGUUGGUCUUUAAACAGAGGCUGUACCCAUCAUUACAAGAAAUGUUUAACAUAGAUACUAUGCACGCUUUCAAUAUAGGUAGUAUGCACGUGUUAUUAAAACCUCUGCUGCA